AUGCCGCUGUACGGAAGGCUCCAGCCAUUCGAGGGAGAUGGAUCCGCCUGGCAAAUUUACGAGGAGCAAGUCCACGUGUUCUUCCGGGCAAACAGCACACCCGAGCCCAAACAGCGGCACAUUUUCCUGACCAGCUGCGGGACCCGCGUCUUCAGACCCGCGUCUGCUCGACCUUCUCAAGCCAGCCAACCGCACGUUAAGACGCUGGGUGAGCUGCUCGCCACACUUCGCUCGCAUUUCAGGCCUGCACCGUCCGCACUAUUGGAGCGUUUCCGCUUCUACAACCGGAACCGCCGGGAAGGGAAGACCCUCAGGCAAGGCGUUGCUGCGCGGCGAGAGUUAGCGAGUGCCUGCGCCUUCGGGGACCAACUGGACUCGCUGCUACGGGACCGUGUCUUCUGCGGAAUCAACAACCCCGCCAUGCAGACGCGACUCCUGGAGCUUCCCGACCCCUCGCUGGACGACGCCGUGAAGGCAGCGCUGGUAAUGAAAGCCUCCGCUAAGGACGCCGGCGAGAUUGCCCGUGCGACUGGCUCACCGUCGGCGGAAGCGGCGGUCAACGAGUUGGCGACAAAGGGCAGUACCUGUGGUCGCUGUGGUGUUGCCCUCACAGUGCCACAGUGCCACUCACAGUGCCAGUUCUCACAGUGCCCCUCACAGUGCCCCCUCACAGGUGAGCAGCAGCAGCAGCAGCAGCAGCAGCAGCAGCAGCAGCAGCAGCAGCAGCAGCAGCAGCAGCAGCAGCAGUUCUAUGUCGUGGCCGACAACCCGCCGAUUUUCUACAUGUGGCACACAGGCCUUGUACCGUCGUCUGUGCCACCGUACAUGCUGACCGUCGAAAUAUGCGGGUACCCCAUUUCCAUGGAGCUGGACACAGAUAAUGGCCGGGAAACUUUUCAAGCGUACUUUCCACGGCGUGUCCGUCGAGGCUUCGGCGUGAUGCUGCGCAGCUACUCCGGGAAAUUCUCCCAGGUCCAGGAGUACCAGGAAGCCAGCCUAAAUGUGGUGCAAGACGUCCGCAGCUUCCUGACAGAGUUCAAAUCUCUAUUCCAGCCAGGGGUGGGCACAUUUGCCGGCACGACGGCUGGCAUCUAUGUAUCUGACGCAGCCCGGCCACGUUUUUUCAAGACUCACCCACUGCCGUUCGCCCUGAAGGACGGGGUCACCCAGGAGCUGCUACGGCUACAGCGUGAGGGCGUCCUGGUGCCUGUCAAGACAUCUGAAUGGGCCACUGCCAUCGUACCUGUCAUCAAGCGAGACAGCAGUGUCAGGAUCUGCGGGGAUAUUAAGGUUACCAUCAACCCCGUUGCUACCGUCGAGAAGUACCUGUACACGCGCUUACCGUUUGGCAUGGCCUCGGCCACAGCCAAAUUCCAGAGGGAGAUGGACAACCUCUUCAGGGGCAUGAGGCACGUGGCGGUAUACUUGGAUGACAUCCUGGUUGCUGGCAGCGACGACGGGGACCACCUACAGAAGCUGCGCAACAUCCUGGCACGACUGCAUGACGCCAGCCUCAAGCUCAAGGUGGAAAAGUGCGUUUUCCUAGCCCCCAGCGUUGAGUACUUGGGACAUAUCAUUUCCAAGGCAGGCAUAGCCCCGCCUCGCCGCAAAGUUGAUGCUGUGCUCAAGGCACCUAAGCCCCAGAACAGGAAGGAGCUUCAGAGUUACCUGGGCCUAAUCAAUUUCUACAGGAGUUUUCUGCCGAACCUGUCGCAGCAUUUACAGCCGCUCCAUCUGCUGCUUCGAGAUGGUCAACAACGGGUAUGGAAGCAGGAGCAGAACCAGGCCUUCCAGCACAGCAAGGACGUAAUCGCCAAGGCUCCAGUGCUGGUGCACUUCGAUCCUGCUAAGCCUGUUGUCCUUACCGUAGAUGCGUCGCCGUAUGGUGUGGGAGCCGUUCUGGCACUCCGAGACAAAGAUGGCCAGGAACAUCCUGUGUCGUUUGCUUCUCGACGGCUUCAUGCUGCAGAGCAACGUUACAGCCAGCUGGAGAAGGAAGGUUUGGCCCUCAUGUUCGGUGUCGAAUGCUUCCAUCAGUAUCUGUGGGGCCCGAAGUUAGAGGCAGUCACGGACCACAAGCCGCUGUUGGGGCUGCUGGGGCCUGACAAGGCAGUUCCUGUACAGGCGUCGCCUCGAGUGGUGCUCUCCAGAUCUGCGGUAUCUCAAGCGACCAGCCGGGACCCAGUCCUGUCUCAAGUGGUCAAGGCGGUGUCCCGUGGAGAGGAAUUGGCACAGCAGGCCUAUAACCACAAGGCCGCUGAGCUGAGCUUGCAGCAGGGCUGCCUGCUGUGGGGUUCUAGGCUGGUUAUCCCACAAAGUCUCCGGUCCAGGGUCCUGCAGUUGCUGCACGCGGGUCAUCCUGGCAUAGAAAAGACCAAGAUGGUGGCCCGGUCCCAUGUUUGGUAG